GUUUUAUGCUGACUUGUCUGCUCUAUGUGUAGUAUCUCUAUGCUUGUCUGAUAGUUUUUGAGAGAGAAAAAUUGUUGGUAGAUUGCAUGUGAAAAGCACAUGGUUAGUUUUAUUAUUUAUAAAACAGUAUUUUCAACUAGUACGGCUUAGUUAGCCGGUAAAUAUCAUAAUCAAGAGAAUUAUUGAUUCAAAAAUGGUUGACACUAAGAUAGAAUUAAAUAAUGGCGAAAAUGUGCCUGAAAAAACUCCUAAGCAAUUGCAAAAAGAAGCGAAAAAAAUGGCAAAACUGGAAAAGUUUAAACAGAAACAAGAGAAAAAGAUAACUGACAAACCGGUUAAAGUAAAAGAAACAACAGAGAAAAUUGAUAAGAAAAAGGAUAGUAAGGAUACUGCCUUAUAUACAAUAGACACACCAGUUGGAGAAAAGAAAGAUGUCUCUGGUACAAUGCCUGACACAUAUAGUCCACAAUAUGUAGAGGCUGCUUGGUAUUCCUGGUGGGAAAAAGAAGGAUUUUUUAAACCUGAAUAUGGGAGGAAAAGUAUAUCAGAUAUAAAUCCUAAAGGAAAGUUUGUAAUGGUAAUACCACCACCAAAUGUAACUGGUUUUCUUCAUCUUGGUCAUGCGUUAACUAAUGCCGUUGAAGAUGCUAUUACAAGAUGGAAUCGUAUGAAAGGAUGCACAACUCUUUGGAAUCCAGGUUGUGAUCAUGCAGGUAUUGCAACUCAAGUUGUUGUAGAAAAGAAACUUUGGAGAGAAGAACAAAAAACUCGACAUGACAUUGGUAGAGAAAAAUUCAUUGAAAAGGUUUGGCAAUGGAAAUAUGAAAAAGGGGAUAGAAUUUAUACACAAUUAAGAAAAUUAGGUGGUUCCUUUGAUUGGGAUCGCGCUUCUUUUACUAUGGAUCCAAAAUUGUGUCGUGCUGUAACUGAAGCUUUCAUAAGACUUCACGAUGAUGGUACAAUUUACAGAAGUAGUCGUCUUGUCAAUUGGUCUUGCAGUUUGAAAAGUGCAAUAUCAGAUAUUGAGGUUGAUAAAAUGGAAUUGACUGGCCGCACUUUGUUGUCUAUUCCUGGUUACAAAGACAAGGUUGAAUUUGGUGUGUUAGUAUUUUUUGCAUAUGAGAUUGAAAACUCCACAGAUAAAAUAAUUGUAGCAACGACUCGUAUUGAGACGAUGUUAGGAGAUACUGCAAUUGCAGUACAUCCAAAAGAUCAACGCUAUAUUAAAUAUAUUGGACAAUUUGUACAGCAUCCUUUCUGUAAAAGAAAAAUACCUAUCAUUUCGGAUGAAUUCGUUGAAAUGGAGUUUGGUACUGGUGCUGUAAAGAUAACACCAGCACAUGAUCCAAAUGAUUACGAAGUUGGUAAACGACACAAUCUUCCAUUUAUCACCAUCUUUGAUGACAAUGGAAAUAUUAUUGGUGAUUAUGGAGAAUUCACGGGAAUGAAAAGAUUUGAAGCUAGAAAAGCAAUUUUAAAAAGAUUAAAGGAAAAAGAAUUAUUUAUUGAAAUAAAAGAUAAUCCUAUGGUUGUGCCAAUAUGUAGUCGAUCUAAAGAUGUAGUUGAACCACUUAUUAAACCACAAUGGUAUAUUAAAUGCGAUGAAAUGGCUAAGACAGCUAUGAAAGCGGUACAAGAUGGUGAAUUAAAGAUUAUUCCUGAACAAUAUAAAAAGACAUGGUAUCAUUGGAUGGAUGGUAUCAGAGAUUGGUGUAUUUCUCGACAAUUGUGGUGGGGUCAUCGUAUUCCUGCUUAUCUUGUUAAAAAUAUAAAUAACACUACAGAUGACACGUAUUGGGUUAGUGCACAUUCUGAAAAUGAGGCUAAAGAGAAAGCAGCUAAGAAAUAUGGUUUAAAUAUUAAUGACAUUAUUCUUGAACAAGAUCCAGAUGUUUUAGAUACUUGGUUCUCAUCUGGUCUAUUUCCAUUUUCUAUAUUUGGAUGGCCUGAUAAUACAGAAGAUCUGAAAGCUUUUUAUCCAGGUACAUUAUUGGAAACUGGACAUGAUAUAUUAUUCUUUUGGGUUGCUAGAAUGGUAUUUCUAGGACAAAAAUUAUUAGGAAAAUUACCUUUCAAGGAAGUAUAUCUACAUGCAAUGGUAAGAGAUGCUCAUGGAAGGAAAAUGAGUAAAUCUCUGGGUAAUGUAAUUGAUCCUAUGGAUGUGAUUAAAGGAAUAUCUUUGGAGAAUCUUCAUAAACAACUGUUAGAUUCAAAUUUAGAUCCAAAUGAACUUAAACGAGCUAUCGAAGGACAGAAACGGGAUUAUCCACAAGGCAUACCUGAAUGUGGAACCGAUGCUUUACGAUUUGCUCUUUGUGCUUAUACUACACAAGGUCGUGAUAUCAAUCUAGAUAUUCUUCGUGUUCAAGGUUACAGAUUUUUCUGUAAUAAAAUUUGGAAUGCUACGAAAUUUUCAUUAAUGUAUUUAGGUACUGAAUUAAAUUAUGAUGAACCUCAAUCGAAUGGAAUUGGAAUGAUUGGUGAUAACAAUUGGUAUCAAUCAACUUUAAAUGAAACAUGCAUACAAGAUGCAUUAAAUCAUUAUUUAGAAGAUUAUCCAUAUCUCGAUGGAUAUACACCAUCUCAAGCUGAUGUUAAAACUCAUAACAUUUUCAAUUCCAUGGAUGUUCAAUUUUCAAAUUAUCCACAUUUACAUCGUUGGUAUAAUCACAUGAAAACCUUUGACGAACAUGAAAAGGCUGCUUUUCGUAUUGAACAAAAUACAAUGCUACCACAAUGUACAUGUAAAGAUCAUAAAAAUAGUAAUAAUAAUUCUCAAUUAACUGGUAAAGAAACAAAUGUUGAUUUAUGGAUGCUUUCAAGAGUAAGUUAUGCUGUUAAAACUUGCAAUGAAGCUAUGAAACAAUAUGAUUUUACAACUGCAACAACCGCGUGUUAUAAUAUGUGGUUAUAUGAUUUAUGUGACGUUUAUUUGGAAUACCUCAAGCCAAUAUUUCAAAGUAAUAAUAAUGAAAGUAAAUUGCAAGCAAGAAAGGUUUUAUUCAAAACUCUUGAUGUUGGAUUAAGAUUAUUACAUCCUUUCAUGCCAUUUAUAACGGAAGAACUUUAUCAACGUUUGCCUCGUAAAAAACAAUCAUAUCCAAGCAUAUGUGUUAGUCCUUAUCCUGAAAUUAUAGAGUGUCCGUGGAGAAAUCAUGAAAUAGAAAAAGACAUUGAUUUUUCGCAAAAAGUAAUCAAAAAUAUAAGAUCAGCACGAGCAACUUACAAUCUACCAAAUAAAUUAAAAACUGAGGGAUAUCUCAAGUGUGACGAUCACGUAUUAAUAAAUAAAAUUGUGAAAUAUCAAAGUUUAAUAGAAACUUUGGCAUAUUCCACAAUUAGCUUAGAGAAACCUCCCUUGGGUUGUGCUAUUGUUACAAUAACUGAUAAACUUCAAGUACAUCUAUUGUUAAAGGGUUUAAUUGAUCCAAAAAAAGAAUUAGAAAAACUUAAGAAGAAAGAAAUACAAUUAAUGGAAACCGUACAGAAGAUCAAACAAGCUAUGUCCGUUAAUGAUUAUAAUAAUAAAGUACCACUCGAUGUACAAAAGAGUAAUGAAGACAAAUUGACUAACAGUGAAGGAGAAUUACAAAGAAUAGCUGAUGCAAUAACAGCUGUACAAACUAUCUAAAUAAUAUUUAUAUACAAUUUUUUUUCUAGCCUUUGCAAUUUAUCUAUGUAUUAUUUAUUUAUUUGAACAUUUAAUUUCAUAAUGAAAUAAUCUUAGAUAAAUGAGUUACACUCUAUUGGAUAGAAACAAGUCCAUAUGCUCUUGUAUAUUCCUUAAGUAAUAGUAAAAGCUCAUUUAUAUAUGCAUACAAUCUUUGGUCAGGUACUGAAGAGCUUUAUAUAUUUUUUUUUUCAUAUAAUCCAUCAAAUAUGUAGAGAAGAAGAACAAACAAAAUGUUCUCUUAAACUCAACGCAAUUUGCGUUUCGAAAAAGUAUUAAAGUAAAUACUAGGAAAUUUAACCUUUGCUUACCAUUUCACCCUUCCUGGAGUAACACGCUUACCACACUCGGGUCCUUUGGAUCCGAGCAAGAAAAAUCAUUAUAAAAAAGAAACUAUUGCAUAGAUUUACUUCAAUAUUUUAUUGAGAUUUCUUUAAUA